AUGUGGAUAAACAAAAUUGGUAAUAAAAGUGCUUCCUUCAUAAACCACAAGCAUUUCCAUCCAGGUAACAUAAAAAAUCUUGAAAGAGUAUGGCUAGCUGAAGAGAAAGAAAGAAAGCGAAAGGAAGAGGAAGAAAAAUAUCUGAAGAAAAAAGAAGAACAAUACAAGCUGUACGUUUUAAAACAACAGCUUAAGAAGAAUGAGCAGGAAGAAGGAUGUAAAAAUAACGUUGGGAAUCAUUUGUACAAUAUUAACAGAGAAGGUAAAAGAGGAAGCUCAAAAAGAAAGGCCAACGGAGUGAGUGUUGUUCAUCCGGGGUUAAAUGCCCCAUGCAGUAAUAACGAAACGGAGAAAACCUGUAACAAAUUACUUGUCAAGUCAAAAUAUAUUGAAGAUGUUUUUGUAAAAAAUCACAAGUCCGUUUAUGGUUCCUAUUACGACACGGAAAAAAAAAAGUGGGGCUACAGGUGCUGCAAAACUGUUGACAAGAAUGCAGUGUGCAUGAACCAUGUGCCCGAUGAUGCUAAACCAAGUGAUGCAUAUGAUAGGGCCGUUAAAAAGGAUCUGAACAAGGCCAAGAAUAAGAAGAAAAAUAAAAACAAGAAAAAGAACAACCGUGUUGAUAACAGCAUAACGGCAGUUUUGAACAAAUUUUUGUGA